AUGUCCGAGUACCAGCGCCUCAAAGCGCGGGCACUCGAGCUGCAGCGGGAGAAGGAGUAUGAGCUUAAGCGCGAGCUGGCAAGGAAGGCCGAGAAGGAGCAAAAGGCGGCCAAGGAGGAGGCAGAGCGCAGGAAGCGUGUCGAGGAGUUGACCCGCGAGGCGCGGCGUAAAGAGCUCAUGGCUGCGAACGCUGCUCUGGCGAACAACAAGAGCAGCCAGUCCAAGGCGGCCAACGAUGGUUACGACCCCUUUGCAGAGGACGCAGUGGCGGGUCCAUCCAAGGUGGGUAGGGUGGCGCUUUCGGGCCCUGCACCAUUCCCCCAGGCCAAGUCUAGAAAGCUCACCAGUGACAUAGCCUCCGCCUCGCUCGACACCCAAGACGUCUACCAAGCUGAUCGAGCGGGCGGCAGGGACUCGUCGGCAGGUGGACGUGGACGCAAGCCCUCCCCACCGGUACUUGGGAGGAAGGAGAAGGCGGCGCUCAAGCUCCAGCGCGCGAGCAAGUCGUCCAAGGCUAGCGUAGAGGACUCGCUGUUCUCGGUCCGCGCCCUCGUGGACGGCUUCGACAGUCGUCCAGGCUCGGGAGCCGGGUCGGGCGCCUCAUCUCCACGUCGCGCUCCAACGUCUCGCUCGUCGGCCCCGAUCGCACCUCGUUCUGGAGCGGCAGCCAAGAUGAUUGCCGCUGGUGCCGGCUCGAAAUCCAAGUCGCUGGCGCAGAUGAAGAAGUCUGUCAACGUCGGCGAGUUGCGCGCGCUCUGCCCCGACCGCAACUCGCGCGACAGGCGUACCCUCGACGAGAUCCAGCGUGAUAUCAAGCUGCGUAAUGCCAAACCUGGUUCCACAGGCUCUGGCGCAUCCACACCCCGUGACCGUGAGCGCGACCGCGAUCGCGAUCGUGAUCGUAUUCCUGCAUCCAGGCCGGCCGGCCGCCCCUCCGACCGCGAUGUCCGCGACCCCCGCGACCGCAUCGCCGACCGCGAGCGCGAGCGCCGCCGCCGCCAGCCGUCGUCGUCCGACUCGGAUUCCGACUCGGACGACUCGCGCCGCGGCCCACCACGCAAGCGGAACCGGGGCGGAUCCUCUGGUGACUCGCAGUUUGGCGAGCCGUCGCGGUCGGCCGUGUCGGCCAUGAUCCAGGACAUGUUCAACCGCGGCCGCGCGCACGCCCACCGCCCGGCGCCCAGGGACGACUAUGACAGCGGAAGCGACAUGGAGGCUGGCUUGAGUGAUGUCGAGGCCGAGGAGAAGCGUGCGCUGGCCAUUGCCCGCCGCGAAGACCUCGAGGCCGAGAAGGAGGAGAACAUGCGCAAGGAGGCAAAGGAGAGGGCCAAGCGCGACAGGGAGCGCAAGGGGCGUUGA